AGGUGGAAUGAAUUAAGUUUUAAAGGCUUUGAAGGGCCCAUCAAACCACCCUUGUCUCAAUUUCCACUGCCCCAUGUCCCUUAGAACAUGGAGGAAAUUAUGGCAGAUUCAAUCUUCUCUCUCUCUCACCCAAAUUCCCAACCAUAAAAGCUCUCAAACCACCCCCGAAUACUUCCUAGUUCUUGAAGCAACAAAACCAUCAUGCCAAGUGAGGAGCCACAACCAAAAAGAAAGUGAAAAAAAAGAAACCCCACUUUCUAUACCAUCAUUACAAUCAAAUCCAACAAGAAAAGCAGCCAUAAUUAGAACUUCUUUACCAAUCACUUUUCUCAAAUCCAUUCACACACAAUAAACUAAAACACUUCCUAUCUUUCCCAACUCUAAAAACAAAGAAAAAUGGAGAUUGAAUCAGUCAAGUGUGAGUGUUGUGGACUCAAAGAAGAUUGUACACAAGACUAUAUAAAUGAAGUCAAGGCCAAGUUUGAUAACAAAUGGCUAUGUGGGUUGUGCUCAGAAGCAGUAAGUGAUGAAGUUAGCCGAGGCAAAAAGUCAUUUGAUAUGGAAGAAGCUGUGAAGGCUCACAUGUCAUUUUGUCGUAAAUUCAAAUCGAACCCUGCAGUUCGAGUAGCCGAUGGGAUGAGGCAGAUGCUAAGAAGAAGGUCAGGUGAUUUAUCAUCAUCAUCACCAUCACCAUCUUCUUCUAAUAAGAAGUAUUCAAAAUCAGCAAGCACUUCACAAGUGAGCGAUGCAUCAACUUUCUCAUUGUACUAAUUGGAAAAGAAAAGAAGUAACUAAGGGAGGCCUAUCCUAUGGUUGGAAUAAUAAAGUUUCAACUUGUCUUGUACAGGGGAUAUGUUUCAAGCGGGGGCUUCUCUUCUUGGUUUUUCUA